AUGAAGUUCUCUCUGGCUUCCCUCGCAUUGCCCGUUGCGGCUAACGCUGCGGCGUUCUCUGCUCAAGAGUACGCAUCGGGUGCUGUUCACGCUCACUUGAUGAAGAUCAAGACCGACCAAUGGUCACAUGACGAGGAGUCGCGUGUAGGUUCCAACGACACUAAGCUCUGGCCUUCGUGGAAGAACUACGAGGCCGUCAAGUUUGGCAAGAAGGACAAGGUUGAUUGCAAGAACGGCCUGGCUAUUGUCGAGCAAGGCAAUGCCAACCAGACCUUCCGUUGUAACAACAUGGACCUCUACGACUUCGCCAACCAUGCCGAUAUUGGUGGUCCCGAAGGCCGUGGAUCCUCCUCCUGGGGUUGGACCGCCAAGAACGGACGUGAGUUCGGUAUCAUUGGCCAGUUCAGCGGUGCUGCCUUCAUUGAGAUCUCCAAGAAGGGCAAGAUCAGCUAUCUUGGACGCCUGCCUGCUCAGGACCCCAUCGGCUCCAGAUGGCGCGAGAUCCGAGUCCUGAACGACUACGUGAUCAUCGGCUCUGAGGCCGUUGAUCACAACGUCCAGAUCUUUGACCUUAACAAGCUGUUGACUCUUGACCCUAAGAGCCCUAAGGUGUUCGACACCCAGAAGGACCUGACUGGUCUCUUCAGCGACACUCUCCCCAUUGGCCGCACCCACAACGUCGUUAUCGACUGGGACAACGAGUACGCCAUUGCUGUUGGCGCUCAGCCCCGCAACCAGACUUGCGCUGCCGGUCUACAGUACAUCGACCUCAAGGACCCCAGCAAGCCCUCAACCCCCGGCUGUGCUAGUCAGGACGGUUACGUUCACGAUGCCCAGUGCGUGACCUACAACGGCCCUGACCGCCGCUACCGCGGCCGCAACAUCUGCAUCGGCUACAACGAGGACACCGUCACCAUCUACGACUCAACAUCCAAGGACGGCAAGCCUGCAUCCGAAGUCCUCUCCAAGCUUUCCUACCCCGGCGCCUCUUACGUUCAUCAGGGCUGGUGGACUGAGCGCAACUGGCACCAGUACGUCCUGUUCAACGACGAGCUCGAUGAGGUGAACGGCGCCGGUGCUGGCGCCUCUGGCCGCCCCGUAACCCAUAUUGCCGAUCUAUCUGAUCUCAAGAACCCCAAGUACACCGGUAACUUCUUUGCCACUGACAAGAAGGGUAUUGACCACAACCUGUAUAUCGUCGACGGCCUUGCUUAUCAGUCCAACUACGGCAACGGUAUCUGGGUUCAUGACGUCCGCUCGAUCAAGAAGGAUCCCACUGGUAAGGGCGUCACUGUUGAGGCUUUCUUCGACAUUUACCCCGAGGACGAUGCUGGUGAGGGUACCGUUGCUUUCGUCGGUACCUGGUCGCACUUCCUUUUCCCCUCUGGCUACGUUCUUGUCAACACUAUUGAGCGUGGUGUCUUCAUUGUCAAGAUCGACAAGGGCCGUGGAGCUGGCAAGGGGCCUGGUUUCGGUGGCAAGAGCAAGGGUGGAAAACGUGAGGCUCUGUACUAG